ACUAGCGUUCAUUGAGAGUCAUAGAUUGGUUCACUCAAGUUUAAAGCCUAACCACGAGGCAAUUAACUGUAGGUCACGUAAGGCAUGUGGUGUCGCGCGAUGCUCCAUGCGCCACCACCCACUGCUGCAUCGACAAGAAGUGAGGACUGAUAGGUUUCCCAUGAAGGCGGACGCGGAGCCUAGGAGCGAUACAGCCCACUGCCAUUCAACAUACAGACCGGAGCAAGUCGUGGCCUUAGGAGUUUUACUCGUCAAAGUGUUUGGACCUCGCGGGUCAGUGACCACGUAUGCAUUCCUGGAUAACGGCUCUGACACUACGCUCAUAGAUGAAAAACUAUUAAAUCAAUUAGGCCUUUGUGGCUAUCGAGCAGCGUUGUCGGUAUCCACCGUCGUCCAGACAGCCGAAGUGAAGUCGGAAGUGGUACUUGAACAUCGAUACGCCGGACAGGAAGACCCCAAUGCUGUUCGAACUCCCCUUGGGUGGGUACUAAUGGGGCCAAUAUCCCGCCAAGGUCGGUCCAAU